AGAAUAAUGGCUGCCUCCUGUGUGACCGGCUCUGUUGAUGUGGAGCAUAAUUAACAUACAAUAUUCUGUAUGUAAACACACCCGAUAUUGCCUAAACAUGGCAUUUGUUUUAGACUCUUUUGUAAUGUUUACGACCCAGAUCCUUUUCUUCCUUGGUGGUUGGGUUUUCUUCAUGCGUGAGCUUUUCAGAAAUUAUGAGGUUCAUCACAAUCUUGUUCAGCUGAUUUUCUCUGUGACCUUUGCCCUUUCAUGUACAAUGUUUGAACUUAUCAUUUUUGAAAUCAUUGGCUUUUUAAAUGCAAGUUCUAGACUUUUCCACUGGAAGUUGGAUCUAUAUGCUAUCUUAUUCACUCUGAUAGUUGUUCAGCCUUUUUAUAUUGCAUACUACAUUGUCAGUAAUGUGAGAUUUGUUCAAAGGCGAUACACGACCACCUUAAUGCUGACAGUAUCAGCUUGGCUUGUGUAUAUAUACUUUUUCUGGAAGCUUGGGGAUCCAUUUCCCAUUUUGAGCAGGCACCAUGGAAUUUUGUCAAUUGAACAAGUGAUAAGCCGUGUUGGUGUUAUUGGUGUAACAUUGAUGGCGCUGUUGUCUGGAUUUGGAGCAGUUAAUUGUCCAUACACAUAUUUAGCUUACUUCAUACGUCAUGUGACAUCUUCAGAUAUACAGGCACAUGAAAGAAAACUCCUUCAGGUCGUUGACAUGAUCCUGACAAAAAAGAAAAGGUAAAAUAAACGAUACAAAAUCAAGGACAUUCCAAAACAAGAGAAGCCAUUGGUCGAUUCUGUAGCAUUUUGGUCUCAGCAAGUGUCUUUCAUUUUAGUUGGUAUAAUUAUUGUGACUUCAAUACGUGGACUUUUAAUCAAAUUAACUAAGUUUUUCUAUGCCAUUUCCAGUAGCAAAUCUUCCAAUGUGAUUGUCCUAUGCUUAGCACAGAUCAUGGGUAUGUACUUUGUUUCAUCUGUUCUCUUAAUGCGGAUGAACAUGCCACCACAAUACAGGGUUAUCAUUACAGAGGUUCUAGGCGACCUUCAAUUCAACUUCUAUCACCGGUGGUUUGAUGUUAUAUUUUUAGUUAGCGCCCUCUCUAGUAUUGUGUUUUUAUACCUGGCGCACAAACAAGCACCAGAAAAGAAUAUGUGAUGAAAGCAAGUAGACUGCAGAAUAAACCCACCUCCUUUCUCUAGAUAUGCUUGUCGAAAAGCAUUCUUAUUUGUUUUAUUGUAUUUGAUUUUUAUACCUGUAGUUUAUAGGGAACAAUAUUAAGUACUGUUAUAUUUACACAACUUUAUUAUACUCAUAUUAUGACAAGACUUUCAGCAGUGGUAGAAGCAGUGGUGGUGCCACAGAAAUUUGCCGACAGGAGGGUCCAGGCCACUAGGUGGAAGUUUUAUAGGUCACGCACCCAUCUGGUUAUUAUUGUGAUAAGAUAUUUAUCUUAUCAAAAUUGAUAUUUGUUGAAAUAUUAGAAAACUAUAUUACCUUUUUCUAAAAUUAUUUAUUUUGUAUAUAAAUGAAUCAUUAAAGUCUGCUCAGUGAGUCCAAUGUAGCAUAAGUCUGGUAUUUUAAGUGUGAUAAUACCGUAAUCCAUUUCUAGAGAAAUGCUAGCCUAAAUUUGCACAGAAUGUUAAAAGUAUUUAAAAUUGGACAUACUAUUGUCAAAUUAUAUUCUUAAUACACAUACCAUUUUUGUAAGUCUAAAUGAACUGUUUCCUUAGAGGUAACAACUAUGGGGACUGAGGUUGGUUUGGUCCAUAAUUACUAAAUCCCCCGACUCUUGAAUAACAAGACUGACUCUAUAAUUUAUUACCCUUGGUAAUACUUCUGUUAAUACAAUGAAUCUUUUCCACAGUUUAUAAAUUUGUAGAGAAAUUUAAAAUAAGAAUGGAUUUGCCAGAUAGCAUGUAUCUUCCUUUUAUUAUGACCUAUUCAGAAAUCAAGAUUUCUAAUUUGCCUCUUGCUCGCUUGCUACUAAAAACAAAUUAUGAUUAUGGUAUGAAAAUAGAGUUUCUUCCCAUCGAAUAGCCUUCACCUUACCUAGUACAGGUACCUUAAUUACUACUAACAUGUACUUAUAAUAGUAUCAUUCGGCCACAACCAGGAUGGAUGCCACAGCAUUCUUCAGGCUUAAAAAAUAAGGUCAGAUAUUAGCUUUAUAAUAAUACUUGAAUAUUUACAUAGUGCCAAUUCCAAAAUAUAUGAUCAAAGGCGCUGAGUGUUAUUACCCUUGGUCAUUGGAUAACUUACAAUGGCAAACCAGCACACAAAGUGCAACCUUCUCAUACGCUCCUUGCUCAGCGCAAAAAACUAGUGCAUUCAAUGUUACAACAUCCUACCAAGUACCCAUUUAUACUCCUGGGGACACAAGCGACUUGCACAGCGAGAGUUUCAAACCCCUGACCUCGAGGUUGGGAGUCCAAGCCACAACCGAUGCGCCAACCGCUUCGGCUCUGGAAAAAAUGUAAUAAAAUACAAGAAUUACUCUUGUCCUUCUGUUAUACCAAAUAUCACAGAACUUUCCAAUCCACUGAUGUGUUCUCAUAGUAUCAGUUAUAUCUUCUGUAAAGUAUCUCUGGUAUAUUUUAAACAUUACAAAACUGAAUAAAAACAAAGACAUGUUGAACUUUCA